AUGUUGAUGCGUCUUGACCCAAGCUACGAGGGCCGCUUCGUGGCUCUCAAGGCGAAGGUGAACGCCGAGAUCCCGGAGGCCCAAAUCAUGGGGGGCACAGGGAGGAAAGGUAGCUUCGAGGUGAUGGUGAACGACGUCAUCAUCUUCUCCAAGCUGGAGCUGGGAGGCUUCCCUGAGAUGGACGACGUGUUGGCGGCGAUCCGCGGCGCUGUCGAGGGAAGGCCCCUGCAGAAGAUCACCAAGUGCCGUCAGAGCUGCUGCCUCCAGUAGACGCCGAUCCUCGAUCCCCCCCCACCGCCUCGCCUGCUCGGUGAUGGCCCAGCAGAAACGGCUCUGCCGAUACCUGGGCACUGAUGGACGGCACGGGGAGCACGGGGGGGGGGGGUGUCGGCCCUGGCUGCUGUGUGCGGCACCGCGGUGGGAGGAGGGUCGCCUGGGUGGGUGGGCGGGGUGGGGGUCGCGCUUUGUCGUAUAGCUGCUCGCAGUUACACUCACGAGGCCGGUCUACGUUCUCUAUAAUUAUUAUUAUUGUCAUUUAGAGUCAUGUAGAGCUUGCAACGCACAGCUUUUGGUGAGAGAGAGAUAUCGAGAAUGAUUCGGAGGGCGCGGCCAGGAUUCGCGCUAAACGAAAUUGCCCAAGCCCUGCGGUCCUACAUUUGGAUGUUUGGCCAACCAAUUCAUAUGGCGCGUAUGAAGGUAAUUAUCUCAAAAGUUUAUGGAAAAUCUGGGUUAUGUACGGACCAAUGUGGUGGAUUGACGGGUAAACACAGAAGCGAUGACGCCUCCGUGGGAGCUCGGAUGGUCAAGUCAGUUCGUCCGAGUUGGUCCGAACCAUUUCUCCCUCAUAUCAAGAAAGGUGGCCAAGCUGUCACGAUCUGAAUCGCGGUUCCAACUAGUUGACAUGAUGCUCAUGUAAACAUGCCACUUUGUGAUUACGCAAAUGUUUACAGACACGUGAUUUGCCGCGUAAUGUUGUGUGCCGUACACCCUCCUCCACCCGACACAGCCAAACCAAUAAAGUUGUCACGUGGUGAAUAAACAUGGACAAUUAAUACUCGUUUCAGUAGCAACACCAUCGAUUGUGCUGGAAAGCGAUGCACACAACAAUACACUGAACAAGUGGGCACGUGACUACUUCCUUUAUUUGGCUGCGUCGGGUGGAGGAGGGUGCAUCACACAACACUGGCAUUUCACCUGCGUGACCUUGACCCAACAGUGACUUGUGACUCACGACACUGCGCUGGCCGCGAUAGCCGACGCCUGUUAAACACCAGCCACGUCUUCCACGUGGCCGAGUGGCGCGGCUGAAAUCGUGGGACUGCUUACCCCGGACGGUGAUGUCGAGGAUGGAGCGAUGACGCCCAGAUCCGGCGAUCGAUAUUGACUCAUCCGCGCAUGGACCAAUCGGUGAUGCUCCUCGAGUCGGUCGGGGCUGUGCGUAGCGGGUUCCUGCGAGCUUUGUGGCCAACACCGGAGGCACCAACCACUCACCGCCUCUGUUGGAACGUAACUGCAGCGUAACCGGUCGCGACUCGUGGAUCGAAUCCCGACUCGGAAUUGUUUCAGCGUUCCAUCCUGGUUACACAUCGUUUGGUGAUGCUGCUGUUGUUGUUUGUUGUUAAUUGCACAAUUCGUCAGUAACACUGUGUGGCCUCAAAAUACAAACGUGAAUAAUAGGCGACGUUUCAGGCAAUGGACCUGCAUUGCAACAUAAAUCGAAACUGUUGUUACAUCCGCACUGCGACUCCGCGAUUUCCUCUCUCCUCUCACCUCUAAAUAUCCGCAUGGCAAAUUGUUCUCAUUUUAUAUUGGGUUGAAUAUAAUUGUGGUUAAGUUGUAUCAUUUGAGUUGGUAUAAUAAUAAUAAUAACAACAAUAAAGCAAACUUCAGCAGAAUUCCGGAUUGAACUAAAUUUGAUCAAAUAACGACGCCGACUCCAUGGAUCUAUGAAGGCACAUGUCCAUGCAUCAACACACAUUGAGCCAGCCCACGUGAAAUGUGCAAUUGCUGGUCCAACGUUGGACCAACACUGUCAUGUGAUUGGUUGCUACGUUUGGGACCAGCGUCCCAUAUUUACCGGGUUGGCCUCAACAAGAACGCAGGCCGCAUUUAUCAACGUUGCACUGUCGUCAUCUGCAACCUUGUGUCCGCGAAACCGCGUGGAUCAAUAAAGGGAUCCGGAUGAACCGG